GGAGAAAAGGGAAGCAUCUUGAUUUGCUUUAAGAAGAAAAAUGGAGAUAGGCUCUUCGUCCACGGUGGCCGGAGGAGGACAGCUCUCGGUGCCUCCAGGUUUUCGGUUUCAUCCAACCGAGGAGGAGCUUCUAUAUUAUUACUUGAAGAAGAAAGUUUCUUAUGAACCAAUUGACCUAGAUGUUAUUAGAGAAGUUGAUCUCAACAAGCUUGAACCUUGGGACCUUAAAGAGAAAUGCAGAAUCGGGUCGGGUCCUCAAAACGAGUGGUACUUCUUUAGCCACAAGGACAAGAAAUAUCCAACUGGGACCCGAACAAACAGGGCCACCGCAGCCGGAUUCUGGAAGGCUACUGGUAGAGACAAGUCCAUACACCUCAACAGCUCCAAGAAGAUUGGACUUCGUAAGACUCUUGUCUUCUACACUGGUCGUGCUCCUCAUGGCCAAAAAACAGAAUGGAUCAUGCAUGAGUAUCGUCUAGAUGAUAACGAAAACGAGAUCCAGGAAGAUGGGUGGGUAGUUUGCAGAGUGUUCAAGAAGAAGAACCAUUUCAGAGGAUUUCACCAAGAACAAGAUCAAGACCAUCAUCAUCACCAAUACAUAAGCACCAACAAUGAUCAUGAUCACCAUCAUCAUCAGCAUCAAACUGAAUCCAAUUCAAACAAUCAUUCUUCUUUGAUCCCACUAUCUCUGGAUCAUCAUCACCAUCACAUCGAAAGACAGAUCCAAAUGCCAUUACAUGAGUUUUCAAACACUUUAAGCCACGGGUCAAUGCAUCUCCCUCAGCUCUUUAGCCCUGACUCGGCAGCAGCAGCAGCAGCAGCUCAACCGUUUGUGUUGGCAAUCAACACAACAGACAUUGAAUGCUCACAGAAUCUACUGAGGCUGACUUCUAACAACAACAACAACUAUGGUGGAGACUGGUCGUUUCUGGACAAGCUUCUCACUACGACCAACAUGAACCAGCAGCAGCAAAUGCAGAACCAUCAAGCAAAAUGUUUUGGUGACUCGAGUAAUAACGACCAGGAUAUGGGCAAUAAUAAUGGUAAUGAAAGGUUUCCGUUUCACUAUCUGGGAAAUGAUGCUAAUCUUCUCAAGUUCCCAAAGUAGACCAAUCAAAUUUUAUUUGAUCUGAUCAAUCUCUUGUUUUCAAAUUUUCUUCUCUCUAUUUAAGCUGUGGAACUCGUCACACCAGCACGUU